AUCCGGGAAGUAAACAAGUGUGCGCGUGCUGUUCGCAGAGAAAUGAAAUAAGUCGCUGAAUGCCGCGUUUGAAAAAUGAGCAGGUUGCGUUCAGUGAUGCUUAAAGGAAAGAGAGCCGGACUGGAGAUGGCGGAGUCAGCCAAACCAACGCGGAAGAGGGCAAAGAAAGCCGUGAAAGAAGAAGAAACCGUGACCUCCCCGUCACCACCGUCCGCGUACCACAGCUUCCACGACCCUGCUGACGUCGUGCUGCUGCGCUCUCGGCUGCUCCACUGGUACCACAAGGAGAAGAGGGAGCUGCCAUGGAGGACUCUGGCUGUGACGGAGUCCGACCUCAACAUCCGGACAUAUGCCGUCUGGGUUUCAGAAAUCAUGCUGCAACAGACCCAAGUUGCCACAGUAAUAGCCUAUUACAACAAAUGGAUGAAGCGGUGGCCCACGGUGCAGGAUCUUGCUGCUGCUACGCUAGAGGAAGUGAACCAGAUGUGGGCGGGUCUUGGCUACUACUCCCGAGGGAAAAGACUGCAUGAAGGGGCUCAAAAGGUGGUGUCGGAGCUUCAAGGCCAGAUGCCUCGCACAGUGGACAGCCUGCUGAAGCAGCUGCCCGGAGUGGGUCGCUACACGGCUGCAGCCGUGGGCUCUAUUGCUCUUGGUCAGGUUACUGGAGCGGUGGACGGCAAUGUGAUUCGGGUGCUGUGUCGCCUGAGGGCCAUCGGAGCCGACAGCACAAGUCCUGCAGUAACGGAGGCUCUUUGGAGUCAAGCCAAUACGCUGGUGGACCCUGAGGGACCCGGGGACUUUAACCAAGCCAUGAUGGAGCUGGGAGCUCGAGUCUGUACCCCUAAGGGACCUCAGUGCAGCCAGUGUCCCGUACAGUCUCACUGCCACUCUUUUCGCAAGGUGUACAUGAUGAUGAUGCAGUGUGUGAAUGUGCAGGUUCAUGUUAAACAAGAGAAAACCUCCAGGAAUCUCUUGGGGAAGCUGGACAGGAAGCUGCCCACCCUGCCCGAUAUAGAAGACUGUGUGAACAGCGAGACAUGUCCGCUGUGUCCCUCGCAGCCCUGGGACGAUGAGUUGGGUGUUCAGAACUUCCCCAGAAAGCCGGCGAAGAAGCCGCCUCGCGUGGAGCGGACUCUGACCUGUGUGGUGAUCCGAGCCGGAGAGGAGGGAGGGGACGAGUACCUGCUCACACAGAGGCCAGACACAGGGUUGCUGGCCGGCUUGUGGGAGUUUCCGAGUCUCCUGCAGGAGGAGAAGAGCUCCGAGGUGAAAGAGAAGAGGGCUCUGUGUACGCAGGUCAGCGGGUUACUGGGAACCCAUCUGACAGAAAGCCUCUUCCAGUAUGUGGGGGAGGUGGUUCACACCUUCUCCCACAUCCACCAGACAUACGUGGUUCAGAGUGUGCGUUUGAAGGACGCCGACGCUCAAACACAGGCUGAAAAUGCACGGUGGCUCAGCAGGUCCGCUCUUCAGGAAGCCGCUGUGUCCACAGGAGUCAAAAAGAUCGUGAAGCUUUGUGACUCUGUUGACGGUCAAAGAGAGCAAACCUCCAAGGGCGGGAAAAGGCCGAAGCGCAGCAGCACAAAGAACAACAAGAAUCAACAGACCUCAAAAAAAACCAAACCGAGUGCAGCUACCAGCAGACAGCUCUCCCUCAGCUCCUUCUUCACCUCCGUUAAACAGGAAUCUUGAUGGCAUUGUGUGUUUGAAAGUCGUCCGGGAUUUUUACACAUCAGCCCCUUUGAGGGAUUGUUUUGUUGACAUGGUCCCAUCACUGGUAAUUAAAUACAGAAUACGGUCAAAUUAUUUUAACAUAAGUUUUAUGAUUGUUAUGAGUUGUGAAUAAAUAUGUAUUGCUCCUCUAAAGUUCCGGUCGCUAUGUAAUUUAAUUUAUAGUGACCUCAUUGUAGAUACUGUUUUUGAUCACUACAUUGUGAUGAGUCUACAUGUUUUACAAGCAUUAUGUAAGAUACUUGU